AUCAUACUUUUUUUUUCUUCAUAAACAAAAAGCAAUGGCCAACAAGCGAUCUUAUAUUAUUGAACACAUGGAAGAUGCCAUGCACGAAUGGUGUUCUUUAGAAUACAAGCAUAUGUUACAAAACAUUGGACCUGACCACCUUUACUUUACUUCUUUGACUGACAAGUGUUUAAAUGAAGGUAUGCCUGAAGAACUCAAGGCUGCCAAGUGUUUCCAAGUGGACGUGAUGAAUUUGCCCGGUGUUAAGCCCGAGGAAAUCUGUUUAUUGGAUCCUGCUGGUACUUCUGAAUUGGCUCCUGAAGAUGGUGAUAAAUUUAAAUACUUUUUAUUUGGUGGUAUUUUGGGUGAUCAUCCUCCUAGAGAUCGUACAGGUGAAUUACGUAAAUUAGGCUUUGCUGGUAGAAGACUUGGCCCUGUUCAAAUGACUACAGAUACAGCUGUGAAUGUCACCAAGCGUGUUGUUGAAGACAAGAUUCCUUUAAAUGAAAUUCCUUACAUUGACUAUCCCGAGAUCUUUUUCUCUCGUCAUGAGUCUGUUACUAUGCCUUUUAGAUACAUUGCUGAACAAAAGACAAUCACAACCAAGGAAGGUGAACAAAAGACAAUCAAGAAGCCAUUGAUGCCUCCAGGCAUGUUUGAAUUGAUCAAGAAAGAUAAUGAAAUGACACUUGAUUUUUAAUAAAAGCAAUACUGAGUUUGGUCCAAUGGGAAAUUUUCUACAAAC